AUGUCGAAGCGCAGGCGUAACAAUUGUCAAUCGGUUGACGAUUUGCGAAAAGAUGUCAACGAGGAACUACAUCAAGAAUAUGUGGGGUCGAGGAUAUUAAGUGAUAUCCAAUCUAUUAAUUUGAAAGUCUGCAAUGAUCUAAAUGUUGAUGUAAUUCUGUUUGUUCUUGUUUUGAAAUAUGGGUUGUCACUUGUGUGCUCUAUUGCCAAUGUUGCGUCUUCUUUGCUUGUACUCCCCGUGAAUGUACGUAAAGAAGUGUUGGCUUUGGUAUGUCCCAAUUUAGAAGAAGAAGAUGUAAAUGUUCUUUUACAGUCCGCUUCUAAAUUAAAAGUUCCUACCAGUAAAGUUCAGGUACACGAUCUUUCUGGAACUACCGAUGGAGUGAAAGUUUCGCUUAGAUGCAAUCGCUGUAAUUUGCUUUAUGGAUAUUCCAAGUACGGUAAUGGGAAAGAUGGCUGGAUGUUAUAUCCCGAACAAAGAAAAAUGAUCGAGGCUACGGAUCUCUGUUUUGUUGAUUCAACUUUGCUUCAGUGGCAGCUGUCACUCGCUUGUCAUUCGUGGGUAUCAUUUAACGGUUUUUCUGAAGCGUUUAAUGAAGUAUACAAUGGCAAUUUUGGAGAGAAACAAGUUGCUGCUUCAUUUUGGGUCGGCGAGAUGGAGAAUGAGUUGAGGGAAUUGGGGCAACUGGACUUUUUUGGUUUGCUUAAAGAAGAUGGGGACUCUUCUAGGGUUCUAGAACAAAUCGACAAAAUUAGGGCGAGAAGUUUGUACGAGCAUACAUCAGAUGAUUGUUCUGAUACUUGCAAAGAGCGCGGAUGUGGAAGGCUAUGGGUUGCCGAUGGAAUAUGGAAAUUAAUGUUUCCUCAUUGCAUGAUGCGUAGAAAGAAUUUUGUAAAAGGUAUUCCAUUGCUGAACUAUCCCAAUGUAUGCACUGAGUCGCCUCAGCAUGGAAAGGCAUUCUGCGAACAGCAUGUGCAAUAUUUGGAAAAAAACUUCCCUAAUGUACCCACUAGUGUGCGUGGAUUUUUAAGAUAUUGUGGUGUGAAGCCAAGUAACAUAGGUGAAGAAUUGAUUGACGACACAGGUCUGCUUUCUAACAAUGACGUGUCAAAAUGGACGAAACACUGGGAAAGCUUGAUAAAGAUGACGACACUUUUCCAGUAGGAAAUAGUGUUGUGGAGUCACAAGGCAAUGCUGAGUUCGUUAAUAAUGAGCCAGAUGCAAUUAAAGCUAUUUUAAGAGAUUGUGUUGAA